AUGAUUUUCCCCGAAAUACACAACCGCGCGAUCGAGGAUUUGCUUCUAAUUAGAUUUCAAAAUGCAAAACAAGGAUUGAAAUAUGAAAAAUUUAACUACAUCCUUGCCGACUUCGAUGGCGUGGUCUAUCGAGUACACAGCCUACCCAACGAUAAAUCGAAGCUUAUCGUUAGCAUUUAUUUGAGCUAUUUCAAGGAACUGCAAGAAUUUAGGGCUAACGACGUACUUAAGAAGGAAUAUGGACCUCACCUUUGUUCUGAACCGGAGACGGACUGCAGCAUAUCACUUAUAUAUGAUUUGGCAAAUUUGCCGUAUGAUCUUCCAUCAUUGGCACACCAAGCGUCUUUAUUGAAGCGAAACUGUCUCGCAUCUGUCUUUGAACGCCUGUUUGAGUUUCAGGCCAGCGAAGGGGCCAUUGGCUUCAAACAAGCCGUUAUUCAUUAUCGCUCUGACGAGACACUAUACAUUCAAGCCCAACCGGAUCGUGUCACGGUCAUUUUCAGUACGCUUUUCAAAGAUCCUGGAGAUGCUAUCCUUGGUAAAGUUUUCAUGCAGGAGCUAACCGAGGUCCGACGGCGUAUAGAUCGCGCUCCUCAAGCGCUGUGCUCCUAUGGCACUCCACCAGCUGAAUUAAAGGACACGGAUGCUGUCGUUGGUGACAAUGUUGCCUAUAUCACAUUCGUGCUCUUCCCACGCCAUCUCACUCCGACCGCCGCACCUCGCACAAUCAAUCUGAUGUAUUCUCUGCGCAAUUACCUGCAUUACCACAUCAAAUGCGCCAAAGGCUACGUCCAUCGACGCAUGCGUACAAAAGCCACGGAAUUUGUCAAAAUCCUCAACAGAGCUCGACCGCAGUACUCCACUGUCCCGGUGAUUCAGUUGAGUGUGUUACCCAGCAGGUUCCCUUCCACCACCAGCUUCGCCAGCCUCUACAGUAGCGAAGGAGACGGCGAUUUGGCUGACGCGACAAGUCCCAAUGGAAUGUCAAAGGAGACAUCGCCUGAAUUACCUUGUGUACCGGACUUUACCGCUAUGAAUGGUUAUGUCUGACGCCAAUGAUCUCUUUCAGAACCGAUUCUUUGGUUUGGAUCCUUCCGAACCUCUUGUGCAUUUAUAGAUUAACCCUUAGAUGCCAAUAUCCGUUUGUCUUCCCGAGUUUCGCUUUUGUUUCUUGGUUCAUGUACCACGAACACGAUGUUAGAACUUCAUGUCAGACCAUUCUUUCGUGAGUAUAUUCAGUCACCGUGUUUAGUCCUUUUUGCGAUAACACCGCAUUCGACAACUUUUCUCUUCUUUCAUGGAUUGCGCUGCUUACGGUAAACCAUAUCAAAUAUACCACUUAUUUCGCUGAAA